AUGGAAGAUCAGUGGCUUACCCUUUCACUCUCCACAGUUCCAAUGCCACAGCCGCAUCAGCCAUCACCAUCACAGCCACCCGCAACAACACUCCUUCCCCGUUUUCAAUAUCCACCAUUAGAAGCACCUAUGCAUCAAUUCUCAUCACCCCAAGAACCCCUUCAAGAAAUACAGUUUUUCCCGCCACCAGAGCCUUUGUCUUUCCAUGUCCACGAGGGGCAAGAGCUAAGCCUAUUCGCAAACUUUGAUCUUCCACGACAAGAAAAUCAAGAUCAAGAAGCUAUUCCCUCGUCUCACCAAGGACGUAAGCGUAAGCUACCGGUUAGGGGCACGAAGAAUGGCAAGAGUGAGACAAUAACACCACCAUACCCUUGGGCUACUUCAAAACGCGCCACCGUUUAUAGCAUUGAACAAUUGUUAUCGCAUGGCAUGACAACAAUAAGUGGAACAGUUCAAUGCAAGCGAUGCGAGGAACAAUACGACAUUGGAUUUGAUUUGCAAGAAAAGUUCGAUGAGGUUGGUAAUUUCACUGCAGAGAACAAGGACAACAUGAGGGAUAGGGCACCAGAUAGGUGGAUGAAUCCUGUGCUCCCAACGUGUGAGAGGUGUGGCCAAGAAAAUAGCUUGAAGCCUCUGAUUACGAAGAAGAAGAAGACAAACAACUGGCUCUUCUUGUUUUUGGGACAGAUGCUUGGAUGCUGCAAGCUUUCACAUUUGAAGUAUUUCUGCAAGCACACCAAGAAUCACAGAACUGGAGCCAAAGAUCGAGUGCUUUAUCUCACUUAUCUGGGUUUGUGCAAACAACUAAAUCCAAAGGGACCCUUCCACCCCUAG